CAAAUCUCUGGGUGGGAAAUUCCUUGUGGUUGAUCUUGUAAAUUGCUAUGAAGUGAACGAGGAAUCAAUCAUACUCGCCGCCGACGCGGACAUGUCAAACGUCGCUUCCAAAGUCGCCGUCAUAGGCAGCGGGAUUUCAGGAACUGUGUGUGCAUCGAUUCUGGCAAAAAACGGAAUUUCAGUCACCAUAUUUGAGUCCGCUAGAGGACCUGGGGGGCGGAUGUCUCAGCGCAGAGAAAUUGCCGAAGAUGGGAGGGAGCUAUUAUUCGACCAUGGCGCGCCAUAUUUCUCGUUGAAUGCUAGCAGUUCUGAGGUGCAGAGCCUGGUCAAUGAUUGGGAAUCAAGAGGACUUGUGGCUGAGUGGAAAGCAAAGUUCGGUUCAUUUGAUUGUGGCGCCAAAAAGUUCCUCAAAAUUGAAGAGAAAGGAGUAAUCAAGAAAUAUGUCGGUGUACCUGGGAUGAAUUCUAUCUGCAGAGCAUUGUGCCAUGAGUCUGGUGUGGAAAGCAGGUUUGGGUUGGGUAUUGGGAGGUUGGAGUGGCUUGAUAAUGAUGAUUCAUGGUCCUUGAUGAGUUUAGAUGGACAAGAACUUGGUAAAUUUAAGGGAGUGGUUGCGUCAGACAAAAAUGUAUUUUCCUCCAGGUUUACUAAUGUCACAGGACGACCACCACCUAUUGAUCUGAAUGUGGUUUCAGAUGUGGCCUUUAAGUUGAAAGAAAUUCCAGUUAUUUCGUGCUUCGCUCUUAUGUUGGCAUUUGAACAGCCUUUGUCAUCAAUACCAGUAAAGGGCUUUUCGUUCAAGAACUCUGAAGUUCUAAGCUGGGCUUAUUGUGACAGCAGCAAGCCAGGACGCUCUACCACUACCGAAUGCUGGGUGCUGUAUUCUACACCAGAAUAUGCAGAGCGUAUUAUUGCCCAAACAGGACUUCAGAAGCCUUCUAGUGCAGUAUUAACAAAAGUAGCAGAGGAACUGUUUCAGGAAUUCCAAGGCACUGGGCUUGAUAUUUCACAGCCAUUUUUCAAGAAAGCCCAUAGAUGGGGGAGUGCUUUUCCAGCUUCCAGCAUUAUUACGAGGGAGGAGAAAUGCGUUUGGGACUCGAAGAAGAGGCUAGCGAUUUGUGGAAAUUUUUGUGUUAGUCCCAAUGUGGAGGGUGCAAUAUGUAGUGGCAUUGCUGCAUCUUCACAGUUCACUGAAAUGCUUAGUUCCUUGUGAUGCAAAACAAAUACACAUUAUCAAUAUGCAUUUUGUGGUCAUUAUCAUCAUCCUGAUUGAUCAGAAGAUUGGUUUUGCUGCAAUGAAGAUUAUUUCAAAGUCGCCUUAUGCUGGAAUGGGAAGAAUGAUAGUAAGUGUUCUUGGUUAUUAAUGUUAUCUUGAUGAUAUAGAUGAGUAUAAAAACGAUAGGGAUUUUAUUCUCACCGUCCUCUUCUUAUGGCCACAGAGCUAUAUUCAUUUAUGCAAUAGCUAUAGUAUUUGGUCUCAGAAAUAAAAUUAUAAGUUGUUGAAUUA